UUUAAUAAACAACUGCUUAUCCUUUCAUAUUGAUUUUGAUAGGAGUACAGCUGCCCUUUGUUAGUUUUGCUGUAAUGGGUAUUUUACCUUAUUACGAUUGGAAUUGAGUGUUGUUUUGCACGAUACUGGCAACAAAAAAUAGAAGUAAUUUAAGUGAUGUGAAGUGAUUGCGGUACGCUUACGUAGUUAAGGGUGUUUUCUGUGAACACAUACCAGUGGGACUUCAUUUACACACUGUCAGCUCAAAAGAAUACAGGGAUGAAGAAGGGGAGUUGGCGGGACAGGGGAGCUGAUCGCAGGAGACAUCAUAACCCAGGAUGGCAAAGGGACCACUCUAGCCACAGAUCUCAAGAGGAAAGGUAUGGGAGCAGUGUUCCUGGGACUUCUCGGAAUGUGCAGGCUCCUCCAGCAGACUCGACAAGCUCAUCUUCCAGAGCCUCUGCCCCAGAUCUGCCUGGUUUUUACUUUGACCCAGAGAAGAACCGCUAUUUCCGCCUUCUGCCAGGGCAUAACAACUGCAACCCCCUGACCAGGGAAGGCCUGCAGAAGGAGCAACAGGAAAGCCAGCGAGUCAGGCUGCUGAGGGAGGAUGAACAACCCAGGAAGAAGUCCCCCCGAGUUGGUUUAAAUUCAACAUUACUUUUUCAAAAAAGACACAUGGGAUUAGUUGCAGAGAGCUCAUACUGCAGGCUGAUCCACGAGCUGAAGGUGACCAGUAUGCGGAGACACAAGUUAGAGGUGCAGAGCUCCGACUCCACCAGCCCUAAUACAGACAACUUCAAGCUCAUCGUGGCGGACUCUGCCUGUGAGCGCGUCUUCACCGUGAAUGACGUUGAGCACGGAGGCUGCAAAUAUGGGAUCAUGAACUUCAGAGGCUGCAGCAAGGGCUCUCUCUCCGUGGAGAUGUGCGACAACCUCUACUUCACCAACCGCAAGGUGAAUUCCAUCUGCUGGGCAUCUGUCACCCACUCUGACUCUCAUGUCCUCCUUUGUCUUGUAGGUAUUGCACAAACCCCAGGCUGUGUAAGCCUGCUACCAGCAUCCUUAUUCAGCAAUUCAAACCCAGACCAACCAGGAAUGCUGUGCAGUUUUAAAAUUUCGACAGCCUGGUCAUGUGCUUGGUGUCUGAACCCCCAGGCAGAUAAGAACUUCAGCACAGGUUUAUCACGGCGUGUUAUUGUGACAGAUGCCGUGACUGGCCGUAGACAGACAUAUGGUAUCAGCAGUGAUGUGCUGGCACAGCAGUUUGCUCUGCGGGCCCCAGUGCUGUACAAUGGCUGUCGCUCGGGCGAGAUCUUCAGCAUUGACUUGCGGCAGAGAGCACGGAGGGGAAACAGCUGGAAGGGGGGCCGCUUUUACCAAGAGUCUGCCAUCACAUCCGUCCGCAUCCUGCACGACGAGAACUACCUCAUUGCAGCCGACAUGCUGGGCAAGAUUAAACUUUGGGAUCUGAGGAUGUCUAGAGCAGUACAGCAGUAUGAAGGCCAUUUCAACGAGCACGCCUACCUGCCUCUACAUGUGAAUGAGCCAGAGAGACUGCUGCUGGCAGUGGGUCAGGACUGCUACACCCGGCUCUGGAGCCUGGGGGACGGGCGGCUGCUCAGGUCGAUCCCUUCCCCUCACCCUGCCGGGAAAGACUCUGUGCCCAGCGUGGUGUUCUCCUCGCAGCUCGGCGGGCGAAGCGGCCUCCCUGGGCUGCUCAUGGCUGUGUGCCAAGACCUCUACUACUUCUCCUACAACUCAGACUAUCAGGAUGGGACUCUCUGUCCAGAGGGGGAAUCUAAUUAAAAGGAGAAAUGUCACGUUGAAGUUUGCUUGUUUUUAUAGGAGUGAUACAGGGGCUCAAGUAAUCAGGCUUGAUCACUUCCCAAGAACAGAUCUCUAGGUCUCGGUUUCCAGGGUGACAGUACAGAAGGAGUGAUGGGUAUUGAAGCUGGGAACCUGUAUUUCUCCUCCCAGCCCAGUCUGCACCGUCCUGUAGAUAACGUUCCCGAUGAGGCACAUUUUAAUCCCUUCAGGACAUGCAAUUUGAUUCAGCGCUGUUUAAAUUCUUAAAUGUUGAAGCUCCAUUUUUAUAUAAAAAUAAUUAGAAGUUACUGUUUGUCACAUUUUGUAACUGGAUCAAAACUUAAAAUGAAGAAGAUGGCGGAACAUUAUUUUUUUACCCUCACAAAAAAACAACUAAUAGCCGUGCUGGUUAAUGCUUUAGAGUAAAAACCGUUGAACGAGGAUUUUAUUUACGAUAGUAUAAACAUUGCUCCAGCAUUUAAUUUCAAACAACCUACCUAAAGCCACAACAGAGAAGGCUUAAUUACUUCCUUGUAUCAGAUGGAAAUUGACAUGCACAUCCUGUACAUUCCUCCUCUUUUUUUAUAUCAUAGAUGUUUGAUGUGUGGUUCACUAUAGGCAACAGUAUGCUUCAGUUUUGGUAAGAGCUCUGGGUACAUCAUAAUUAAAAUGUAUUUAAUUUGCAUCUGACUGCACUGAUGAGGGAAGCAGGAACUGCAGUCUCAGCUUUGCCUCAAGGCGUUUGUCAAGGACCAGGUGCAGAGCAAAUUGUUGAUGCUGUCAGCUGUGAGCGACAUACAUCUACAUAACAGAACGAUACCGUAGGUACCCCAAACCUGGGAAGACUUUGUAAUGCACAUGGUAGAUUAAUAUUACCAAUUACCAGAGUCACACCUUAAUAUUCUUUUACUGUGUAAUUCACAUCCUGGGCUUGAGGUUAUGAUAUAUAUUUUUACAGUGGCUGAAUGUAAAGGUACAUUUUAAAUAUUUGAAAGCUAGAAAAAUAAAGUGUAACAGAGUGUCAAUCAAGAAGUUUUUAUUUCACAGAUCAUCUCUCCACUAUGGAGCCAAAGUGCUUCCAGGCAGUCAUGUUGCAUCAGAGUGCAAUAUGCAAUACAAGCACAAGCAGUUACUAUCUCCAGUCUGUAUUCAACAGGUUAAGGUGGAGAAGGGGAUCAUGAUUUUUUUCAGUAUAGGGAAUUUUAUCCAUGUCCAGUGUAAGAGAUAUCAGAUUAUUACUAUUACUGACUAUGCAGAUUUUUUCUGGUGUAAGGACUAGAUGGCAACAUUAAACAAUGUUAUACUCUGUAUAUUUUUAUCUUAAAAAAGAAAUUGUUCUAUAAUAUAUGACAGUUCAUAUUAGAAAACAUAAUAAAUGUGUUUUGUUUGUUGGCAAUUACUUUUGCACACUUUGCCAAUAUUUUGUGUGAAAGACAUUUGUUGCUCUCAAGAAAUUUAAAAGUCAAGGUGUGUCCUUUCCAAACCUAUGAAAGGAUUUUAUUUCAUGAAUCAAUAUCUUGCAUAGAAAUGAAAAAUAUCAGAAAUAUUUUAUAUUAGAAACAAAAAUAUCUGCAGGAUAGAAGUUGCUGCUGAGGUGGAAGAUAUUGUAACCCCACAUUUCUCAGUUAUGAAAGAAUAGAUUUGCAUGAGCUUUUCCAGCACAGACCUCCACAGUUCCCUUGCUCCCAGCUAUGUGGAACAUGCUGCUUCAGAAUGCUGUUUCACUGUACUGCAUCCGCUUUUGAAAUUCAAGUAAACUGUUGACCUUUUGCAAAAGUAAGGCAAAAGAUGUUAAUUCCAAGUGUACCUACCUAAUUUCAGAGAAAAUUAAAAUGAUCCAAAAUGGAGUAAUUCUUCA